AUCUGGUAUAUAUUUUGACUGAGAUGUCUGGGUGUACAUCAAUGGUUUUCACUCGAACAUGUGAUGCGACUCGCCUUCUGGCUUUGAUUCUUCGGAAUCUUAAUAUUAGAGCCAUCCCCAUUAGUGGCCAAAUGACUCAGUCAAAGAGACUUGGAGCCUUAAAUAAGUUCAUGUCUGGGGAAUGUAAGGUUCCUGUCUGCACUGAUGUGGCAAGUAGAGGACUUGAUAUUCCAUCUGUGGAUAUGGUUAUUAAUUAUGAUAUCCCUACAAACUCCAUGGAUUAUAUUCAUCGAGUAGGAAGAACUGCUCGUGCAGGGCGAUCAGGUGUUGCAAUAUCACUCGUAAAUCAGUGUAAGCUGGAGGGGUAUAUACAGAUAGAGAAGCUCAUUGGAAAAAAGUUACCCGAGUAUCCUGCACAAGAAGAGGAAGUGCUGUUAUUACUUGAAAGCGUCACAGAAGCCAAAAGAUUAUCACAGAUGAGAAUGAAGGAAAGUGGAGGCAAGAAGAGGAGAAAGGGUGGAGGUGAUGAUGAGGAAGAUGUGGAGAGAUCUUUAGAGUCAGCUAGGAUCAACAUUACCUUCCAUCUAAUUAUUUUCUUAUUGUUGGAUUAUCCUUUGGAUUCUGGGUACAGCGAUUGCUAUCUGGUAUAUAUUUUGACUGAGAUGUCUGGGUGUACAUCAAUGGUUUUCACUCGAACAUGUGAUGCGACUCGCCUUCUGGCUUUGAUUCUUCGGAAUCUUAAUAUUAGAGCCAUCCCCAUUAGUGGCCAAAUGACUCAGUCAAAGAGACUUGGAGCCUUAAAUAAGUUCAAGUCUGGGGAAUGUAAUGUUCUUGUCUGCACUGAUGUGGCAGGUAGAGGACUUGAAAUUCCAUCUGUGGAUAUGGUUAUUAAUUAUGAUAUCCCUACAAACUCCAUGCAUUUAGCUAAGAUGAGCCUUAAAUACAAUAUGUCCAUUAGAGUAUGCAAAUAUUUUUGGUUCUUUGGCUUAAUCCACUGUCUCUCUUGCACUGACUCCAAAUGGGUAACACGAUAUUAUAUUCAUCGAGUAGGAAGAACUGCUAGUGCAGGGCGAUCAGGUGUUGCAAUAUCACUCGUAAAUCAGUAUAAGCUGGAGUGGUAUAUACAGAUAGAGAAGCUCAUUGGAAAAAAGUUACCCGAGUAUCCUGCACAAGAAGAGGAAGUGCUGUUUUUACUUGAAAGCGUUACAGAAGCCAAAAGUUUAUCACAGAUGAGAAUGAAGGAAAGUGGAGGCAAGAAGAGGAGAAAGGGUGGAGGUGAUGAUGAGGAAGAUGAGGAGAGAUAUUUAGGUGUCAAGGCUAAGAAGUUCACAAAGAAGAUGAAGACAAAAUGACAUAAAUUGUUGUCACUGCAAAUUUUGUGUUACAUAUUUCUGUAAUAUCUAAUUUGUUAUUGCCCGUGGAAUCCUGUUGUAGAGUCAGCCAGGAUCAACAUUACCUUCCAUCUAGUUAUUUUCUUAUUGUUGGAUUAUCCUUUGGAUUCUGGGUACAGCGUAAACGAUCUUG